UGCAGUGGCUCCAGGGAAUCCUCACCUUCCUCUUGGCAUUAAAAUGCAUUUAUCUUCUUGGCCUUCAAAAAACAAUGGUGUCCUGCUCUUCCACGAGGCAUCGCUUGCCCACCAGCAUCAUCGCACCAGGGCUGGCAGGGGCCCUGGUGCUGGCCGCCCUUGCCCACCUGAGGAGGCUUCUGCUCCCCACCUGGCAGCGACCAGCUAGCCCCUUCUCAGAUGCCUUCGCCAGGCUGCCAUGGCGUGUUCCAGGAAGACGUCAGCAAGACUUACUCCCCAGCCUUCCCAUGUCUGCCCAGCGGGCUGCAGCCUGGUACUACGGGGUCCUUCUCAUCGUCAUGGCCACGCUGUGUUUCCAGAUGCUGAGAGGUUCCCUCAUGACUUUUUCCAGAAAAAGAAAACCUUUCCAAAGCAAGCAUCUGUUGAGACUUAGAGAUGUGGCUGUCUAUGCCUGGGGGAAGGCUCUCACCUACCUGGGGCUGGAAAAGCCAAUGCUGAAAGAGCCUGAAACAGCAGAGAACCAGAAUUACUACCUGGAUGAAUUUGUAAAUCUGCUGGAUGAACUUCUGAUGAAGAUUAAUGGUUUAUCUGACAGUCUGCAGCUCCCUCUUCUAGAAGAACCUAUCAGAAGCACCAUGAAGGAAAAGGAAGAAGGUAGCUCCCAAGCUACUGUGCUCUAUGGGCAAGUGACUGAGUCUCCCAUGGCCUCUGUGAAGAGAGUUGGUGAGCCCUGCUUCCAAGCCUGCUCCCUAAAACAUCAGACAUAUCCUCCUCCAUGCGCUUUCCUUUCCAGAGUGUAGGUACUGAUGGGAACAAGGUUAGACACUUCUGCUGAAGACGGCAGAACUGCCCUCCUUGGGUAAGAACCGUGAUUGCCUCAUUGCACCUAUGGGAAGAAUAAACUUCUAUCCCAUUGUUCUGUGGGAGACAGAGAGGGGGUCUUUGUUAUGGUAGCACGGCCUUUACCUAAACAAUACAUGAUCUUUGACUCUCCACACUUACAUUAGUGCAGCCCCAAAUUACAUGACUAUUUAUGACUGUACAAUUUAUUUAUUUACUUAUUUAUUUUGCUGUAACUACUAUAAAACCCGGCUCAAAUUGACUAAGAUGAUCAGGGAAUAUAUCAUUUCACAAAAAUUGAGAAAGUCAGCAGAAGCCAUCUCUUGCUAGAAAGAUGUGCUGGCUUUGCCUCAGGAUAAUAGGCACCCCUCUACAUCUCAAAAUGGCUACUACAGGUCCACACAUCACAUCCAUAGAUUAAAUGUCUGUAGAAGGGGGAGACUAUCUGCCUAAGUCUUAUUAGUUCUUACUAGGCAUGAGGAAACUUUUUCAAGAAGUUCCCAAGGAGAUUUCCCCUCACAUUCAUUCCUAAGUUGAUCUCUGGAAAAUGGGCUUACUAUGAUUGAUUUAGAGGAAUUAUUUGGGGUUGUCAGAGUUUAAGAGUCAAGGCCAUGACCAGUAGGCUUUUUGGAGGCCUCCAACCCUUUCCCUCAAAUCAAAUUCCAUUGCUGUACAAUGUCUUCUUCUACCAUAUUCUCUGCAAUUGUGCUAUUCAUUUUGUGGUCAUAAAUAAGGUUAAUAUUUUUGUUCAUAUUAGAUUUUAUAUGUUCAGUUCAUCACAUCCUUCCCAGUUGAAUCUGAGCCCACUAACACUUCUGUUCAAUCCUGCCUUCUUGCAUUCCACAUCAUCCUUCAAUUCUGCCAUUUCAACCCAUGGAAUCCAAGAAGAUUUACCAAACAUCUGUGUCCUAAGCACUGUAGUAUGAAGAAAAAUUCCAUGAUGAUCUCAAGUUCAAGUGAAAGCAAAUCAACAAACAGGCACAGAGUGUUUCUGAGCUUGAAUCUGGGUUUGGACAGUCACUGGGGCACAUUAGGAUGGACCAGAACUGAGCAGAGAGACUCCCUGGAGGUAACUCAUCCAGAGAGAAGCAGCCAGUGACAAUGAGGAAGGUUGGUCUGGAUUUUUGUUGUACUAUUAAAUCUCUCUCAUUUGGCUAUUGGAAUAAUGCUGUAAUCCUAGAGUCAAUUUUAAAAUAUUCUUUCCACUUCAGUUUUCUGGAUGAGUUUGUAUAAAGUUGGUUCUAUUUCUUCCUUACAAGUUUGAUAAAUAUCACUAGUGAAGCCAUCUGGGAGUGCAGUUUUGUUAGAAAGUUUUUAACUGUGGAUUUAAAUUUUUGGUAGAUAUGUGUCUACUCAGCACAUCCAGUUCUUAUGUUUUGCUAAUGUGUAUCUUUAAGGAAUUUUUCCAUUUUAUCUCAGUUGUCAAAUGUGUAAAUGCAAAGUUGUUCACAUUAUUUCCUUUUUACUCCUUCAGUAUCUAUAGGACAUGUACUGAUGUCACCUUUAUCAUUCCUGGUAUGAAUGAUUUGUCUUUUUUGUUGAACUUCCUGGCUAGAGGUUUAUCAGUUGUAUUGAUCAUAUCAAAGAACCAGCUUUGGCUCUCUGAUUUUUCUCUAUUGUUUUACUGUUGUCUAUUAUACUGAUUUCUGCCUCGAUGCUUAUUUCCUGUUCUCUUCUACUUUCAUUGGGCAUAAUUCAUUUUCCUUUCUGUAGAUCUUCACUAAAAAAGCUGAGGUCAUUUGAGACCUUUCUCUUUUCCAAUGUAGGCUUUUAAUGCUAUAAAUUUCUCUCAAAGUAUUGUGUUAGCUCAACCCACAGACUUUUUGUCAUGUCAGAGAGCAUGUGUACAUGAGAGCGAGAGAGAUGACUACAGAGACAGAGUGGA